AGCUCCGAUCAGGUCACAGUGCGUCGCUCCAGUCCCGCAAACUUCCUCUGCGUGGAUCAGCGUUGGACUUUCUCUUCACCAACCCACGGAUUUAUCUGGACACUUUUUAUUCCUUCUGGAGAAACUAUUUCACACCCCUGAAUGAUGUUUUCGCCGCAUUUCGGAGCUCCUCUGUCUCUGAAGUUUCUGCAGACCAUCUCAUCUCGUUUUGCUGCCUCCAGUGUUUACAUCCCAGCCGGGUUUAAAUGCAGGAGAAACUUUAAGACGUUGUUUCGGAGCGGGUGUAGCGCUGGUUGGAGCAGAGAUGCGUAAUGCGCAGAGAAAACUGGGUCUCCACUCCGAAUAGGAAGCGAGCAAGACCCGAAAAUGUCUAAGCCGGAGGUGAAGAAGGAGUCCGGGGAGUCCAGCCCGCUGGAGGCGGCCUGCCUCUGCUCUCCUCCGGCGGCCAAGAACCAGUGCGCCAGCUGCGGCUUGGAGAUCCAAGACCGCUACCUGCUGAAGGUGAACAACCUGAACUGGCAUCUGGGCUGCUUGGAGUGUUCGGUCUGCAGAGCGUCGCUGCGCCAACACAGCAGCUGCUACGUCAAAAACAAAGAAAUAUUCUGCAAACUGGAUUAUUUCAGUAGGUUCGGCACCAAGUGCGCCCAGUGCGGCCGGCAGGUGUUCGCCAGCGACUGGGUGCGGCGGGCGCGGGGCAGCGUCUACCACCUGGCCUGCUUUGCCUGCUUCUCCUGCAAGAGGCAGCUGUCGACCGGGGAGGAGUUCGGCCUGGUGGAGGGCCGGGUGCUCUGCCGCAGCCACUACGACAUCAUGCUGGAAAACCUCCGCAGGGCCGCAGAGAACGGGACAGGUCUGACUCUGGAAGGAGCGCUGCCGUCGGAUCAGGACUGCCAACCCAAACCAGCCAAGAGGGCGCGGACGUCCUUCACGGCUGAGCAGCUGCAGGUCAUGCAGACGCAGUUUGCUCAGGACAACAACCCCGACGCUCAGACGCUGCAGAAACUGGCAGAAAUGACGGGACUCAGCAGGAGAGUGAUACAGGCAGGUUUGGUUCCAGAACUGCCGUGCCCGACACAAAAAGCAGCCGCCGCUGCAGAGCAGCAGCUUCCCUCAGAGCGCGCCGCUGUCCAGGAUGCCGCCGUCACUGCCAGAGGAUCUCCACUACUCCUCGUUCAGCAGCCCGGACCGACCGCACCUCCUCGCUCUGCACGGAUACCUGGACGCUCACCCCUUCUCCGUACUCGCCGCCCCCGGACACUUGACUCAUCCCUCCAUCGCUCUGCCGCAGCUUCCCAUCAGCCGCUGACCCGUCACCGCCCUGAUGAUGUCACGGACGCCUGUCGCCACGGUUACCUCCAUUUUCAGCUGGCUGUCAGACUGUUGAGCUGAACUGUGGUGAAACAUUCAAGCAAACAUUGGGAAUAUUUUUUUUUCUCUUUGUUCUAAACGAAGCACAGAAGACUACUCGUUUUUGCGUAAAAAAUUUUUCACUUUCUUCCUGUUCGUAUGUCAGGCGGUUUCAAACGGCAGAGCGGAGGAGCAUUGUAGCAGUACGACGGAGAAACCUCAGCUUCUUUUUUCACGAUCAGCACAUUUUGCAGCUUUAAUGUUGUUGGUUGUUGUGCUGUUGUCAGAAAAACAGGAACUCUUAUUUAUUCAGAUCAAAACCUCUUGUUUUUGAAGCACUUUUAAAGUGUGUGUGUAAAUAAACCGCAUCAGAUCUGCCACCAGGUUUAUUUAAUGAGCAAAACGGAGACUGAUUUCAUGUGUGUGUGUUUUGAAGGUCAUAGAAGAAGAAAAAACAGAAUAUAGAGUCAGAUUGUACCUGCUGUGACUGUCAGUUGGACCUCAACAUCCUGGUCAUUAAACCAAUUCAAAACGCGUCACUUACAGGAAAUACGAUCAAUCAAUUAAAUCCAAAUUCAGUUAAAGUGUUGCCAUCGAUUUGUGUUUCAUUCAGGCCUUUAUGAGCUCAUUUAAGAUGCAUUACCUGCUGCUGUUAUUCAGACCUUAGAGGCAUUUUAAUGAUAUUAUUUGGUUUUGAUGUUCCAAUAUGGAUCAAUAUUUCUUUUCAUUUGUUCAAACCCUGAAAAACAGACCAGAAACUGAAACAAGAGCUAAAAAAAUGUGUUUCUUUAUUGAGAAAACUAAAUGAAAAAUGAAAAUGGAAUCAGUUUGUAAAUAAUUUACGUGUCAUUUAUUUGAUAGAUUAAGACAUGAAAAAUAAAAACCCAGCAAGGCCUUCAAAUUUAUGUUUUUAUACUUUAGUGGUUAAAAUUUAUGACUCUAGACAUUUACACUGCAAAAGCACAAAAUCAUACCACGUAUUUUACCAAUUGCAAAUAUCUCAGUACACUUAAUUCCUUAUUAUUGAUAAAAAAUUCUACUUUUUCAUAUAUAGUAAGAAAUUAUUAAGGAAUAACAAUCAGAAAAGUUACCUGUAAAUUAGUUUUGACUUGUUUAAACUGUACUACGACGUUUUCACUAGACAGUAGACCAAAAAUAUAUAGGCAGUGUAUAUAGGCAGCAUCAAAAAUAAUAAAAUGAGUAAAAUGUCAAAGUUCAAAUGAGACAACAGGGGAGGCUAGAAGUUAUACCCUCUUUUUCUAUUUUUAUACUCAA